GUUUUUUUGGAUACUUCUUCCGGUGAGACAGUUUGAACGAGGCUGGGUGGCGGCUGAUGGGAUCUGUCUCGUAGAGUGUAAGAAAACGCAGUUAUCUAGCCAUCAGGAUGUGGAAAAAUUGGAUACCUUUCAGAAGGAAAGAACAAGAUAAUUCAGAUUCGGCUGUUCGGUCUGCUGCAAGUGUUAUCUCAAACGGAAAGGAAAAUACUCUGAAAUCGCAACAUGAGGGCAGCGUUGGCAGGCGGGAGUAUGGCCAAGGAGCAGGAGACUUCAGAACCGAAACGAAAAAUUAUCCAAAUUUGAGCAUCGGAAACUUGAAUGUAGGCACAAGUAACCUUUCAAGCGAAGGGAUGCUGUCAGUACUGAAUGCAUCGGGUCCUCUGCUGUCGUCGCCUCUUCUUCCUAAAAUCAAGCGAGCGGUUGAAUUAAAUCAAAGCUUCAGUGAGUAUAGCAUAUCAUCACCAUUACGACGAAGCUUGGUCAAAAGACCUAUCAGUCCCAGCUAUGGUCCUACACAUCCCACACAGUCAAAUCCAGGGAGGCUUCCAAUUGUUCGACUUGAAAAAAGGCCAUCUCUUCUGGACAUUCGAAGGCGAAGUUUGCUAAGCCCAGGUCGAAGAUUGUUAAGUCCAAGUACUGUAAAAGUAGCUCCACCAGAUCCCAGAAUGUUGUCAAGUCCAAGUUUCAGGAUGUCACCAGUUCAAACACCCUCUACUUCAAAAAGUGUUGUGGAUACCCAGAUGGUUGUUGCAGCUUUACGUGAAAGGAGAAAGCGAUCCAACUUGCAUGUAGAUGAAAAUGUUCUUGAAGAAAGCAUCAUGCAAACUGCAAAAAGAAGGCGACAAGAUAGCAGUCAGGCAGUUACCUCCACAGCCUCAAUGCCCAUAAUGACAGAUGUGUUAACAGACAUGUCACAAGAGACAAACAGUUUGAACUCACUAUUACACAUGGAAAAGAUGGCCUUAAAACGUUCUCCAGCCCUUGGAAAUGAGUUGCAGGAAACAUCAGCAGUAGAAAUGCCAGUGCCUAAACUGUCUCAAAAGGAGAGUCGCAGCAGCAUUUUGAGUUCGUUGAGCUCAUCAAAGCGAGCAGCUCAAAAUAAGACAACAGCUGUUAAGGAAUUUCCUCAGGGAACAUCAGUUAAAUCACAAAUACUUCUUCACCCAGAGACAAAUCAAGAUGAAAAUAAAAAGCAGUCACUAGUUUUUCCUUGUUCUACUGAAAAAGUCAUCAGCUCAAGAAUUCCUUCUUCAACAGCUGGCUUCUUUGAGUCAAUAAAUUUUACACACGUUGUAGAUAAGAAUGUUAACAAAUCACCUUCAAACACUGAUCAGAUGGCUUCUGUGGAAAAAAGUCUUGACUUAAAUGCACAGUUAAAUCGACGCCGUGCCAUCAAUAUAUAUCCUUCAUUAAAAACUUCUUCGGGAAAGAGUAUGAUCAUUGCUACUCCUGCUGACUUUGAGUCGGACAGGAGGGAGGAAGAUGCGCGUAGGGUCCAAGAUGUACUGGCCUACCUGGAUGGAAAUGAGCCAGGCCAAACAGAAACAUCAAAGCCAUCUGCUAAUUUCACAUCAUCAGCAGCAGCUUUUCCUGGUAAAGGCAUAAUUACACCUAAUACCACAGCAUCCUCUCUAACAGAAUUACUUUCAUCUUCUGGAAACACCACUCAGACUUUUCCCACGAUAACUACCACACCCAGCUUGAACACCUUGGCACCAGAAGUGACCUCCCAUGUGACAAUCACAUCCCUAUCUUUUCUAUCACCAAGUCCUACGCUGGUUACUUCUGAUGCCCUUUCCAAAAACACAGCUGGUCUUGUGCAGUCAUCUGGAGUCAGUGCUUCAACAAGUUUGAUCCAAAGCACACCUAUAUGUUCAACAGGAAUUUCAAGUUUGCCUGGAAGUCAGGGGAAACCAGCAGGUGGAACUCAAUUAGUGUUAGGGAUUCCCUCCACAUCUUCAGUUGGUGUGGCAUCAAGUUCAACGGCUUUGGCAACUGUGUUUACAACUUCUGCAAGUGCUGCCACUAGUUCCCUUGCAAGUGCUAGUCCAGAUAAGAAAGCAUUUACAUUUAACCCUUUGUUUGGGACCGGGCAGAUGCCACCAGUUAGUAUCAAUAACUUUCAUUCUCCUGCAAGCAUGAGUGAACCUUUUACCAGAGGUAGUUUGAACCUUGUAGCAUCACCUUCUCCUAGUGCAAGCACCACCGGCUCUUCUAGCUCUGUUGCUGGUACUACCAGUUCAUCAGUAAUAAGUACUGGUGUCUUUUCUGGUGUGUCAACUUCAACCACUGUUAUAAAUGGAACUUCCCAAGCUGUCAGCUCAGGAGAAAGAGGUGGCAAUCCACAAACACUGGCAACUACAAGCAGUAGCAGUGGCUUCAGUUUUGAGGCUGCAUCCAACAUCAAUACAUCUGCAUCCACCAGUGCAGGAGGAUUUUUUAUUGGAAGCUCAAAUAUCCAGCUGCAAAGUUUAGCACCUUCCACAGGGAGCUUCACUUUUGGAAAGACAGCUGAGCAGGUUGUUUUAACAAGUACACUGGGUGGCUCAGAUCUGAACACAUCAUCUGGAAAAUCACUCCAGCCAAAGAACCUGUUUGGAGCAAGUAAAGAAAAUGAAGGCAAGUCCCAGCCAACAUUUAACAGCAUUUCAGGAUUUGGCGGAGCUGGUACACAGCUUGGCCUCCCUUCAAACAGCCUAGAUCUUACAGGUUCUUCUCAGGCAUCUAUCACUACAACAACAAAUAGCACUUUGUCAUUUGGCAACCCAAUGUCAGAAACACCAUUUGGAGUGAAGCCAGCCUCCACUGUGAGCAACAUAUUUCAGCAAGGAAAUUCAGCAGUUAAUCCUCAGGGUGGUAUAUUUGGUGCUCCAGCAUCAACUGCCUUUAGUUUUGGGGACUUCUUCAAAAACCGGUUUCACAUUAGGUGCUCAUGCUGCCAACACUUCUGCUACUGCAGGGACUCCUAGCUUGGAUCAGCUGCUUCUGCUGUCACUACAACUUCUAAUACUUCUGCUACCAGUCUGUUUGCAUUUGGCCAAACACCAGUUACUACAGUGGCUGCAGUCACAUCUGCACCUGCCAGUACUUAUGUGUUUGGCCAAGCACAAGCUGCCACAAAAGUUAUCACUUCUGCAACUCCCAACAACAGUUUGUUUGCAUGUGGUCAGGCACCAGCCAUGCCAACAGCCACCAGCAGUACAACAUCAACUGGUGGUUUGUUUGCAUUUGGUCAAACACUAGCAACCACAACCACCAACACUAUAGCACCUGCCAACAGCCUGUUUACAUUUGGUCAUCAGACUCAGGCAUCAACAGCCACAAACAAUGCAGCACUGACCAAUGGCCCUUUUACUUUUGGCAAAACACCAGGUACAACAACAGCCGCUAACACCCAACAACCUGCCGGUGGUUUGUUUACAUUUGGUCAGAUACCAGCAACCUCUUCUAGCACACAGCCAGCUGCCAGCAAUUUGUUUACAUUUGGUCAAAAUUCUGCAGCCACCACAACAAACACUCAAGCACCUCCAAACAGUUUGUUUACAUUUAGUCAAACACCAUUUUCAACUACAACCUCUAACAUCACAGCAUCUGGAAACAGUUUUGCAUUUGGUCAGAAACCAGCAAGCACAGCAGUCACUACUACAGUGAAAAAUCUGUUCACACUUGGUCAAGCACCACCGACCACUUCUACCAAUACUUUUCAGUUUGGUCCUGGUGCUGCCACAGCCUCCAAUCAGCCUUUUGCCUUUGGGGCUGCUGGAACCACAAAUUCUGGAAACACAUUUACAUUUGGUAAUUCUACCAAUGCAAGUGGAAGCAGCGGAUUCUCUUUUGGGGCCAGUGGACCUACUACUACAGGUAGCAGUACUUUCAACUUUGGCACAUCAAGUGUAGGUAUGGGAGGCUUCAGUGCAAGUGCACCACAGCAGCAUCCAUUGCAAAACACUUUUGGUGGAAAUUCCAGUUUCAGUCUGGGAUCAGCUCAACCACAACAAGGCUUCAACUUUGGAAACUCCACUUCAGCAGGAUUUGCCUUUGGAAGUGCAAGCAACACAGGUCAGGCUCUUACAUUUGGAUCCAGUUCUGCUCCGAAUACGGUUCAAUCUGGACAGACUUUUGGGAGCACUUCUUCUGUACCAGCAUUUGGUGGAUCCCAUUCUCAGACUGUGGGACCUGUGUUUGGCAUGUCUGGCAGUCAGAGUGCAGCAGGUGCCAGCACCACAAGUGGGAGUGCACCAUUUGCCUUUGGUGCUACAGGAGGAAAUGCUCAACAGUCAUCAACACCAUUCGCAUUCGGUGGCUCUGUUUCACAAAACACAGGUGCUAACACGGGCUUUCAGUUUGCGCAGCCAUCUACUGGAAGUGCUACUGCAGCUGCCUUUCCUUUCUCUACUUCUGUUGGCACUGGUCCACAGUUUAACUUUGGUGGUGCAGCACCUCAAGGUUCAGCCAUGUUCACGACUGGUGCUGGAAGCACAGCGGCAAAGCCCCGAGGAAAUGCAAUGAAAGCUCGACGUCGCACCACCAGAAAAUGAAGCACUUUUGCCCAUCUGCAUGCAAUCAAAGCAAACACCUGACCGGGCCCUAAUGUGAUGUCAUCAUGCUUUUCAAAAUCUUCCCUUUGUUUGAAAUUUUGUAUGAUGGCAUCAUAUAUAUAUAGUUUUUGAGAGACUGGAAAAGCAGGUACAUAUGUGACCAAAUUAAGAUUGUGAUAUGUUGUCCAUGCAUGUCUAUAACUUUGAUUUCCCCUGUGUUAUGUCGGGGAAUUUGAUUAUGCUUCCUAACUUAUUCAUACUGUACUUUGACAAAAGUGGAAUCCUGUUAGCAUGAGUGCAGCUGGUUAGGUGUAUAUUUUUUAAAGUUUUAAAGAGAACUUGUUGACCUGCAUUUUUUUCCUUUAGAGAAAGUUGUUUUUCUCAAGUGUCACACAUCUGUACAAAACAUUAAAUAUCUUACAUAAAAAGCAAGAAAAUUAAACAUGUUACAGCAGCAACCAAUAGAUUGCCUAGUAAUUGAAACACUUUUGCAUAACUCCACAUUACUUAAAAAAUUUGAGAAUAUUUGGUGGAUCAUAUUUAGAAUUAUUUAUCUGGAAUAGGCAGUGGGUGGAGAUCGGAUGUUGGGCAAAUUUUGAACCAUUUGUAAUUAAAUUUUGAUUUUUAAAAAAAAAUCACUAUUUUACAUGUAAAGCAUAGAAUCCAUUAUACAUCACCUUUAUUGGUUUUCUUAUUUUAAAAAAGUGAGUGAAAAAUGAAAAACAGAAUGAUUCAAGUCCAUAUGUUAAUAGGAUCAAUUUCUAAUGGUGAUUGUUUCACAGCAUAGUUAAAAUAUAUAGGAAGGAUCAGUCAGGUGAAGUGUAUUUGCACAGAUAUUUUGAAAAGGGAACAGACAUCCAUGUUUUAAAAUAGUGGUUUGUUUGGUCUUUUAUCUGAAGUCAUCAUUUUAAAGUUUUAUAUAACGUGAUAAAGCAUUUAUACAAGUCUGCAUACUGAUAUGUUGCACAGCCUGAUAAUAUGAGUGCAAAAAUUCUUAUCUUUUAUUAGAGCUGCCCGUAAUGUCUUUUCUAAAUCUGAUGGAAAUUUCAUUUGUACUUUCCAUUAACAUUCCUAUUUCCUGAACAUAGACUUGCUUCAGGACAAUGGUGUCAACAUUAUUUAGAAAGUGUCAUGACGAGAAGUGUAUUUUAUGUUAACAGUGUAGCCUUCCUAUGGUGAUAUACAAGAUUGUGUACCCAUUAAGGUAUAUGACUGUCCUGAACACUACUUCGCCAUCCUGCUCAUUUGCAUUAUGAGCAUUUAAUGGUACUAAAAGAAUAGAUUCAUUCAAAGGUGAUGCUUUAUGGAAAUGUGUAUGUACAUAUAUUCGAGAAGCACAUACAUUUUUUUUUUUUAAUGCACUGCAUUUAAAAAAUAUUUUGAUGAUACAUAAACCUAUAGUAUGAAUUACUUUGCAUAAGAAUGGGAAUCUUUUAAGAAUACUUAGAAGCAUGUCAGAUACUUUAUAGGAAGAAUACUUUGUAUAUAAUUCAGGUCGUGGGCUUUGGAAAUAAAAAUUUUAGACAUUUGCA